AUGGCGUCCCAAUCCUCCCCGGACCCGCUGGACGUCCUGCAGGCCAUGGUCGACGACGUCCUGGUUCACACUGGUAAAGCCCUCAGGGCCUCGCGUAAAGAUAUUCAGGGCAAUGCGCAGCCAAGCCAAGCGACACUCAAGUCCAAGUUGCCUGAAUCUAUUGACGGCUUCCGAGAAGCCUUGCACAAGUUGGAAUGGGAUAUUAUCGAUGCCAAAUCUGUCUUGAUGCGUGACAUCAAGCGGAUACAGGCGCAGAAGCAGCAACAGAGCCAACAGCUUCCAAAACAGCAACAUGUUCCAGCACCUCAGCCCGUUGAGUCUCAGUCCAAGUCGCCCAUGGUUAUUGACCUUGAGUCGUCACCGCCUCCGCCUCCUCAGGACCAGCCCAUGACAGAGCUCAAGGCCAACAAGCCAGUCGCCCCUUUUCCUGACAUGGGCAUGGGGCUCCCCGAUAUCGGUCAGUCCGACCAGGUGAUGAAGGAUGAAGCCAGUCAAAAUAUGGCACAAACUACAGCGCCCGAGCAGCCCAAGAUAAAGAGCAGCGUCUCUCCGGCGCCAGCCGCAACUGCUGCCAUGGCCCCCAUGGCCCCAAUGCCGGUCAUGGAGCAAAAGUCACUGGAUAACCAGAACAGUGACGUGAUGGACCUUACGGCUGAUGGACCUCACUCAGAACUUAAUUUUACAAAUAUGCAGUUUACGUUGGCUCCGACGAACAACGACUCACAAGAUCCAUCUACCACUCAAGAGACGUUGUUCGACUCGGCAACAUUUGCUCCCCCUGAGGGUGCUGAUAAUAUCCUGGGUCUCGACGACCUCAUACCAACCAACAACAACUCACAGACGAAUAUGUCUCAGUUGCCUACUAGCUCUGGUGCGAAUGCAGUCAAGCAGGAGCCUGCCAUGAAUACAGAUAACCAAGGAUCAACACAGAAGACAUCCAAUGACAAUUUUGGUUCAGUCUUUGACGAUGAUAUAUUUGGCAGCCUCGGUACAGGCGGCAGUGGUCUUGCCGACGGAACAGGCGACGCUACGUACGAAGACCUCAUUAACGGCGACGAUGAUACCAACCUCAACUAUAUGGAAAGCGAAUUUAACGACCAAUACUUUUUCAAUCCGGUGUAG